AUGAGUGAGAGGCCAGAGGAUGAACUACUGGCAUUAUAUACAUUGACCACCUCGCUCACUGAUAAAAUAAAUGAGUCAGAUGACGCAAUAACCAAAAUUAAUCAAAUAGUGAAAGGUUUGGUACCGGAACAAGAGCACAGUCGAUUGAGCCAAGACGAAGGAGAAGAAGCAACCACAACAACAACACACGCAAAAGACUCUGAUGAUGAGAUGAAACAAUUGCAACAACAACGAUUACAAUUAGUUAUGGAACUUCAAAAACAGGACUACAUUUCGAGUAAAUUGCAAGAAUUGGUUAAAGAGAAUCAAGAACUAUUGGAUACCAAAAAAGAUUAUAUUUCAAAGUAA